AUGGAGAGGAUUCUGGCGCAACAUGCUCAAAAGCAUCCAGACGCUAUGGCCGUGCUGGACGGGUAUCAAACCCGCACGAAUGGGCAACUGCUAGCCCGUGCCACAUGUCUGGCGGACAGGCUUCAAAUGAAAGACAAGGUUGAGGCGGAAGAGCCCGUCGGUAUUCUCCUCAGCCCUGGCCUGAGUCAAGUGGUGGCCCAAGUGGCCGUCCGUCUCGUCGGUGCAACAUGCGUCCCUCUCGAGCCUAACCAGCCCCCGAAGCGGAUCUGUGAAUUGUUACGUGAUGUUGCCGUCAGACGAGUGAUCAUUGAGGAUUUGUCUACCAAUAGGUAUCAAGGCUUCGACCUUUACCCGAUGGGACACCUCGAACCGGCGCUAUUCCGCCACGGUAGUCACCUGGUUACUCAGAAAGUCUGUCACCAGAAAGAGGAUGGACGCAGUCACAUCCUUUUUACAUCGGGCUCCACGGGAAAGCCGAAGCCUGUCCAGAUCCAGACAAGCAGCAUCCUCCAUUUGGCAAUGGAGAACAACAUGACUCCGCUGUCACAUACCGAUCGCGUGACAGCAUUCAACAAUCCUGGGUUCAAUUUGAGUCUGUUUGAAAUGUGGGCUACGCUGAUAGCCCGGGGGACUAUCGUGGUCCUGCCAAAGGGAGUCGCAACCGACCCAAGCCGUCUUCUUGCCUUCUUGACUGAGACCCGAGCGAGCGUGAUGAUCAUCCCAACGGCCCUCUUCGAUGUAAUUGCGUCAACAGCCCCCAAUGCAUUUCGUACUUUGCGCCAUGUGAUAACAGCUGGCGAGGCGGUGAAUCCACGAGCCCUAUCGAGGAAAGUGGCAUCCAUGGCGAAAUAUGUAUUGGCGGGCCGGGAAAGUCAGCUGGCUAUCUCCACCGGAGCCGUGAGAAUGAGGAAAGGAUUUAUCCAAGUACUUAUUCCACACCGGUACACAAAGGGCACAGGCAUAACUGACCGCACGACUGUCGCUGGUCGUUCAAGUGUCGAACUGUAUCGCACUGGGGACAUUGGCCACUGGCGACGGGAUAAACCAGGAUUCCUGGACUACAUCGGCCGUCGCGAUACACAGGUCAAGCAUCAAGGAUUUCUCGUCGAACUCGAGGAAAUUUCGCGAAUUAUGGAGUCGAGCCCACUUGUGGAAUCGCGGUCCGAACUAGUCACAACCUUUCCCUUGACGGCCAAUGGAAAGGUCAACCUCCAGGCUCUUCUGGACAGUUAUGCACAGGGCCCACGUAAAGGCGAGGCUGGAAGGAAGCGGAGGAUCGUUAAUGGCACAUGUAUCAGCACCAACGGCAAGGACACGAGGUCUGCUCUGGCGAGAAUAUGGGAGGAGCUACUCCAAGUGUCCCACCCCACGCCCGAGCAAGAUUUCUUUCUCUUAGGUGCCUCGUCCAUUCAGGCGGCGGCUCUGAUAGCUCUCAUACAACAUCGGCUGGAGCGCCUGAUUACCAUGGAUGAGCUACAUGCGCAUUCCCGCUUCUCAAGUUUGUGUGAUCUUCUUGAUACCGGGCAAACGCCCGUGGAAGAUAGACACAAGAACGCCCCAGAUCAUACUAGUAUUUGGGCGAACGACGUUGAUAUUGUCGAUGACAUUCCACUCGCUCCGGAUUGGGAUUCGGCAGCCGAAGGACGCGUUUUCCUCACAGGUGCGACUGGAUUCGUGGGAGCGCAUAUCCUCCGCCGACUCAUUGAGAGGCCAGGUGUGAAGCAAAUUGCGUGCCUUGCUCGAGCUAGGAACGGCCAAAGCGCCGUUGCUAGAAUGCAGAAGGCCAUGGAGAAAUACGAUUUGUUUCCCGAUUCCUUGGAGCUCUCCCAGAAGAUCUUGGUUCUGGAGGGAGACAUUGGCGGGCUUGGACCCGCGCAAUUCAAUUGGCUAGUUGAUUGGGCCAGGACACGGAACGUUUUGAACGCUGCAGCGCUCGGUCGCCGCAAGGCAUUCCAUUACAUGUCGAGUAUCGAUGUCUUCGGUCCAUCGGGUAUUAUUCUAGGCAGGCGAAGCAUUCCCGAAGACAGCCCACUGAUAAACCACCUGCCUGCCUUGCGAUACGACCUUGGGUACGGGCAGAGCCAGUGGGCCGCCGAGGCGAUGGUGCGCCGUAUGCAGGAAAAGGGCCUCCCGAUCGCCAUCUACUGCCCCGGCUUUAUCAUUGGAGAUAGCGUCACUGGCGCCAGUAACCCUGAUGACUUUAUCACGCGAUGGAUUGUCGGGUGCAUCGAGAUGGGGACCUUCCCGCGCAUAUUUAACAUGCGAUUUGAGUAUUGCACGAUCGACUUUGUCUGCUCCUCGGUGCUCCAAAUUGCAUCGGAGAACAAGAAUCUUGAUCAAGCCUACCACAUUAUGUCUCCCGACCGGACCAAGUCCCUGACCGUUGAGGAUACCAUCACUCUCCUCCACGAAGCCGGGUAUCCCGUGCGGAUGAUCGAUUACAGCGACUGGGUGGAGCAAGCAGUCAAGUCGGGCACGUCAGAAGGCUCACUCGCGCCGCUGAUGCCCGCCCUACAGGAGCGAGUGCUUGGAGAACUGACGCGCUGGGAAUGCGCUCAGUUUUCGCCAGUAUAUGAAUGCACGAAUACUGUUCGUGCCCUUGCCGGUUGCCCUGAGGCACAGUAUAAACCGUUUACCAUCGAUGUCUUGAGACGCUGCAUGGAAUUCUGGAAGCGGAAAGGAUUCUAUGAUGUGUGUAAACCAGGUUGGUGAGAGCGUGGAGUGAUGAUGAAACAAACCUAUGGCUAUGUAGUAGAUAGUAGAUAGGCCGAUCCCCGUCCUCAUAGAUCAGGCACAUACACUAAAC